CUUUGAUGGUCAUUGUUUGUCUAGUUGUGUACAGUAACACACCCACACACACUCUGAAUGUCGUGUAUUGUGUAUACACCGGCUGGCUGCACUGCGUGGUGUGUGUGGUACCGUUUGGUUUCUGUGGGGAGAGGGUGGCUUAAAAUGCUUGAACUAUAGCUGGUGUUCAGCGUUAAUUUACUCGUACAGUUAAUUUGUUUGGAUAAAAUGUGCGGUAUUAAUUAGGUUGACAAACAACGUUUCUCCGGUAGGUGAUAGACAAUUACAUUAUAAGAAAUGCUGAGACAUCUUACAAAAAAUGCUAGAGACAUAUUUGGCAAAUUUAGUUUUAAAAAUUUUGUGAAUACCUGUGAGUUACGCAAGGUCAGUUCAUGUAUAAUCAAGUCGAGAGGAGCAACUUCAUAUUAUGCAAAUAGUUUACAAAGUAGGAAAUAUGUCAACAACCGCCUUGGUGAUGCAGGCGUCAAUACCAAUAGCGAAGAUGGAUUUGGACGAAAUAAAAAAGAUUCAUGGACAGAUUCCAUACACUUGGAGCAUUCUGCACUUGAAUUUUUGGGAUGGAGUACAGCAUUGGCCAUAGGAUGGUGCAUGAGCCAGCCAUUUUUCCGAAAGUGCAUUCUACCAUCUGAUGGAAAUAAAUUUGAUAAAGCAGGACUUGCUCCCAAUUUGACAAGAACGGUAUUUGCUCAGCCAAGUACUGAAAUAAAUAAAACUAACAGAAGCUUCAGUUAUGAAGUGACAAGAAGUACCAUUGCACAACCAAUUGUUGGAGUAGCUAAAAAAGACAGUCUCUCCACUCAGACUACAGCUCACAGAGUUGAAAAUAGUGCAUGCAGUACACUAACAGUGCAAGAGGCUCUGGAUAAAGCUACAGACAAUUUAGCACAAAUUCAGAAAGCACUAGCUGGUGCUGUUGAUAAUAAGCUUGGAGUGAAGCACAUGGAAUCAGGAAAAAAGAAGCUAGCAGCUACAUACUUUCUAAAAUCAGCAAAGCUGGGCAACAGAACAUCUAUAUUUAAUAUGGGCAUUUGCUAUGAAAUGGGCCUUGGUGUAGAGAAGGAUUUGACUCAGGCAGCUUCAUAUUACAGAAUGGCUGCAGAGAAAGGACAUCCAACUGCAAUAUACAAUCUUGGUGUUUUUCAUAUGUAUGGUUUAGGUGGUGUUGCAAAGGACCUCUCUCAUGCUCAAGAACUUUUCAAGUAUGCUGCAUCACUUGGUCAAAGGGAAGCAAAGGAAGCAUAUACCAAACUUUCAUCUUAUUUAGAAAGAAAGCAAAGGUUAAAGCAAUCCACAGAUAUGUCAGCACAGUGUACAAGUAGCAUAAAGUUGUCAGAAACAUCAUCAGAUAAGAAAGCAACCCUCUUAACGGAUAGACUGUCUGCUAAUGUAUUAUAUCACAGAUCUAAAUUUAAUGAAGUAGUAGUGCCAACUACCAGUGCCCAUGAUAAGUGGACACAAGAUUUUAUUAAUAUUGUCUCUUAUUUACACAGGCCAGGAUAGAACUCCAAUAGAAAAUUUCUUUCAGUCUCUGCCACAAGUGCAAGUGACAUUACUUGUGUUUGAGGAUUGGGUGGGUGUGAGUCAAGGAAUUCAUACUCUUAUUCAAGCAUUUUUGAGGACAGGUCUGAGUUUGAUAGAGGAAUUUUCAUUGUUAAUCUUUGCUAGUGAUUUUAUGGGAAACUAAGCCUCAUUUGGGGUUUUUGGCUGCAUAUUUAGCUGUGGUUAUAUCCAAGGCCACAUUUAAGAAGCACAAAAAUGGUGAUAAUGAGAUUUUAGAGGAAGAACAAUGUUUUUGGAAAAACUUAAAAAUUUCUGAGAAAUAUUAGUAUUACUUUUGGGUACUAUUAGUGUCUUACAAUUUUAGUGCAACUAAUUUUUAUUAGACCACUAUUUAUAAUGCAACUUAGUAUGCUACUGUUUAUUUCUUUCAUUUUGUGUUAAUGUGACAUGUGCUUUUAUAUCCUAAGAUGCAAGUCAAAUUUAAAAGGUCUAUGUUCUACAAACUUAGAGAAAAUUAAAUGUAAAUAUUUUGAAAAUUCUGAACUAAACAGCAGUUACGUGCUCUUUGACAUUUGGAAUACUCACUCAUUUUAGAGCCUGUGGCAGUAUUGAAGGCAACCACUGGUUAAUGAAUUUCAGUGACAAUUUUAAAUUGUUUUAUAAGAAUUGUUCCCUCCCUUAGGUCAUAGAUGGACCAACUAAAGAUACAGAAUCCUGUUGCAGGAAUAAUCUCACUUGUUGGGUUGUCCCACACAGGUAUCAGAUCAUCCCAUUGCAUAUUUAAAUAUCUGGGCUUUUCCCAUUUUUCAAACUGCCACUGUACUCAUGAUAAAAAUACAUGCAUCUAAUAAGUUAACUAACUACUUUUAUAGAGGUUGCAUUGCUUAUAAACAUUGACCUACCCAAUGUCUUCUUCCAUAUUUCUAUUAUUAAUGCCAUUCUUACUUAUAUGUGCCCACUUUUCUGUCCUUGAGUGUUAUUUCCAUGACUUUGAGCACUGUACCUUGUGCCUUUUUAAUCCACAUUUUACUACAUUUCUUCUUCCAAUAAGAUGGAGUCUCAUAAGUUACCAAAUUGUUACUUUGUUAUUCUACAAAUAGUCUUUCUACAUUGAAAUUAUGGCCAUAAAGUUAUUGACUAGUUUAUGUGUUGUCAUUGAGACAUCCUGUUUUGACAGAACAAUAGUAUCUUGUAGACAGGAGAGAGUGCUUGCCUUGUUAUAUCCAUUGUUUCCCUCUCUAGUACCAUUUGUUUGGAGCUCUGCAGAGGGAAGCCAAUUACUGAACAUCAACUUCGCUGCUACUGUUCACCUGAUUGUAACAUAAGCUUAUCUAAUAAAUUCAUGAUAAGUGACUCCGCAGCCAUUAUAUAACUUGUGUUUACAGGCAUGUUGAAAUUACAAUGUUCAGUAAACUCAUCUAUUACUAAUGACUCUUCCCCACUUCUCAGCUUGUUUUUCCCUAUUACUCUACAUCUCUGAUUAUAAUUUGAUGUAUGCUUCAUUUAUUUUGCAGUUUAAAGAGUUCUUCUUUCUGCUACUCACACACAACUGUAAUGACUGUCCUUCCUUGUUGUGAAAAAGUAUAUUCCCAUUUUUCUGUAUUUCAUUAUAUUUCUUAUUUUCACUUCAUUUAGUCAUUAUAUUUAUAUCUUUUUAUUAAUUUGGUUCAACUUACCUAUCUAAGUCACUUUAUGUGUCCAGAACUGUUUUUCCCCAUGCACAUUUAAAUGAGCAGUUGAUUCUUAUUCUUUCAGCAUGUUUUUCAUGUGUACAGGACUCAGUUUCAUUUAUUGUUGUAUUUAUAUUUUCUGUAAGUUUCUUCUUUGAGUUAUUGUUUGAGCAUCAUGUGGUUACCUUCACUCCCUCUUCGUUUCUUCUUUUUAUACUGCAGCUCCUAAAUCGCCCAUUGAUCCUGCAGUUCCGAAAUUUCGUUUCUGUAUUGUGCAUGUUUCAACCCUCAUAUAGUUCUUAUAGCCACUGAGUAUCGUCUUCUGUAAUAUCAUAGGAUACAAUUGACAUGGUUCACUGGCCAAACAAUUGUUGAAAUAAAUUCUUUUUUAAGAAAAGAAGUGAUCACUGAUAUCAGACUAAAAAUAAUAGUCAAACAAAUAUACUUGUCUUUUCAUUUAAUGUAAGAACUUGACAUUGUGAGGUGUUUAAAUUAGUGUACUUAAGUGGCUGAAAUAUUCUGCUUUUGACUUGUGAUGAAGUAUUCUUCUGUAGCUGAAACUGGUUGCCAGUGUCAACGUUACUUUAAAUGGUUUCUUAACUGUAUCUUCAGUGUGAUUCUAGUGUUAAAAAAAAAGGCACUAGUUUUGCUUUUAAUACAUAAACAAUGCUUCUGAUAGUAUCUAGUGGACUGUGUUAAAUUUUUAAAAUCCAGAGAUCUUGUGAAUUGUGAAACUGAAAAAAUAAAUUUUUGUGUACUUUUUA